CGCUAAUGCUGAUCGGGCAGUCGGGACCUUUGCAUUGAAAUUUUCUCAAUUUUCUCAAAAGCCUCUGCAUUUCCUGUCAUUUUAUAAUUUUAUUCGCAUCUUGCAUCUUACUAAACAAUUUAAACAAUUUAAAACAACUUAAACAAAAUCCCUCGACACCCUUAGCAUUCAUUCAAAAUAAUUUCUAAGAGUUUGGCCAUUCUGCCACAUUACCAUCAUUUAUCGUGUCACGAGCGAUUUUUUAAAUUGUCUGUAUCUGUUUCGUCACAGUACCUGAUUAGCACGCGAGACCAUUUUUUUCGGUGCUAUUUUGAAACCGCUGCGAUCCUACGGAAUUUGUUAUCUCGGUCCGCACUCUCCGACCGACAUCGCAUACUUUCUUCUGCUAAACCUCAACGGUUGAACGUCCGGACGGACUUUAAAAAAAAAAACUGUAUCCGUAACGUCGAGUCUAUUCCUUGAGGAAGGGCUCUUUUAUCCCCUAACCAUCAAUCCGGCUCGUUUUGGGAUCGUCCGUCAGAGAUGAAGGUCUUUUCCAACACCCACACCUUCAACUACUCCUGGGAAGAAGUAUCUACCGCCAACUGGCGGAAAUACUGCCCUUGGAACGACAAGUCAACUCACGUCAUAGCCGUUGAUACUCUCGCUCGAGAAGUCGACCCAGCCACCGGCAUAUUACGAACGGAGCGUCUCAUCACCUGCAAGCAAUCAGCACCGGAAUGGCUGAAAUCUAUCAUCGGCUGCAUGGAGACGAGUCAGGUCUUCGAGACGUCUUAUGUUGACCCCGCCGCAAAGACCGUCACUAUGGUAUCGCAGAACAUCACCUGGGCAAAUAUGGUCAACGUUCAAGAGACGGUGGUUUAUCGCCCCCUAGAUGCCCAUAGGACACAAUUCGAGCAGGACGCCCGGAUAACGGCCCUGUGCGGUGGUUGGCAGAGGAUCAAGACCAGUAUCGAAGACAGCCUGGUUACCCGAUUCCGAGAAAAUGCGACCAAGGGUAAAGAGGGCUUCGAGUGUGUCCUUGCCAUGAGCCGACGCGUCUUCGCCGAGGAGCGGGAAAAGGAGAGGUUGCAAGUUGAAGGCAAGAUGAUGGCGUAGGUCUAGGAAUUUGGCAACCUACAAUUCCAUUCCAUUAAAUCACGACCACGACGUCCGUCAUGAACCAUACGACGAGUGGGAUAGACAACGACAUACCAUAUCCAUAACAAGAGCAUUUCCGGAGUAUUGAAGAGAGAAAAAAAAUAGGGGUGGUGAACUUGACUUGAAUUUUUGGUUUCGAAAAAGCACGGCGUUCCGGCAUACCCAACAACCAAACUGUGUUGCAUAGAAAAGGGGCUAUUUAGAUCGUCUACGUUCUGGUAUAGGCUGUAGGCAAUUUGCCUCGCCGCGACGGCCGAAGGAACGGGAGCACAGAUGUUAGACUUAGAUAUAGAGAAUACUCUGCUUAGAGCAAGGGAUAAGGAUAAUAAUACUCUUCUCCCAUUGA